AUGGGCGCCUAUCUCUAUGGGCGCCUAUCUCUAUGGGCGCCUAUCUCUAUGGGCGCCUAUCUCUAUGGGCGCCUAUCUCUAUGGGCGCCUAUCUCUAUGGGCGCCUAUCUCUAUGGGCGCCUAUCUCUAUGGGCGCCUAUCUAUUUGGGCGCCUAUCUAUAUGGGCGCGUAUCUCUAAUGGCGCCUAUCUUUAGCGGCGCCUAUCUCUAUGGGCGCCUUUCUCUAUGGGCGCCUAUCGCUAGGGGCGCCUAUCUCUAUGGGCGCCUAUACCUAUGGGCGCCUAUCUCUUGGGGCGCCUAUAUCUAUGGGCGCCUAUCUCUAGGGGAGCCUAUCUCUAGGGGCGCCUAUCUCUAUGGGCGCCUACCUCUAGGGGCACCUAUCUCUAGGGGCGCCUAUCUCCAGGGGCGCCUAUCUCUAGGGGCGGCUUUCUCUAGGGGGCGCCUAUCUCUAUGGGCACCUAUCUCUAUGGGCUCCUAUCUCUAUGGGCGCCUAUCUCUAUGGGCGCCUAUCUCUAUGGGCGCCUAUCUCUAUGGGCGCCUAUCUCUAUGGGCGUCUAUCUCUAUGGGUGCCUACUCUUUGGGCGCCUAUCUCUAUGGGCGCCUAUCUCUAGGGUCGCCUAUCUCUAGCGGCGCCUAUCUCUAUGGGCGCCUUUCUCUAUGGGCGCCUAUCUCUAGGGGCGCCUAUCUCUAUGGGCGCCUAUCUCUAGGGGCGCCUAUCUCUAUGGGCGCCUAUACCUAUGGGCGCCAAUCUCUAGGGGCGCCUAAUUCUAUGGGCGCCUAUCUCUAG